GGGAAAUGUAGUCCAGCGCGCCCGGCGGGUCUGCGUGUGCCGCCAGCCUCUGGCGUCUCCGGUGACUCGGGUGUUCUGUUUUUCAUUGCAGCAGGAGUCUCUCUCAUGGCUUCCUUUCCUUCCCUCAGCUCCACCUCUAGAGACUGCACAUUCUCUAGGAAGGCCCCACAGAAAGGAGGAAGGCAAUGGCUGUUGGGCCUCUGCUCUUGGGAGCUCAGGCCUGGCGCAUUGUCUUUUGGCAUCCUGUGUUCCUGGGAGGAUCUCCUAGGCCAGUUUUUAAAAAUUUGCCGGGAGACAAGACUUAAAACCAAAGAGUCAACUCUAAAGUCCAAAUUUAUUGAAAUUUUGCCCUAUGGGGUCAUGGAAAGAGAAGAUCUCUGGCAUUCAGCUUUAGAGGUGGUCUGGGAACCUUCCUAUUUCUUAGAGGGGCAACAAGAAAGAUAUCUGGGUCAGGUGACAGUGGCCCAAAAGGAAACCUUUAAUGAGAACGUAGUAUGUGGAAGUAAUAAAACUAAAAAAUGUUCCAUUGAGGGUUCAGUGCUUGAUACACCACAAAGCAUUUCUGUGGUAAGAAGACUCCAUAAUUGGAAUUCACAUGGAAAGGAUUCUAAACAAAAUUCCAAGUUAAUGAAAACUUCAAGAAUGUUUGUAGGAAAGAAAAUAUAUGAAUGUGAUGAGUGUGGGAAAACCUUCAGUCAGAGUUCAUCUUUGCUUAAGCACCAGAGGAUUCACACUGGCGAGAAACCUUAUAAGUGCAAUGUAUGUGACAAGCACUUCAUCGAACGCUCCUCUCUCACUGUUCAUCAAAGGACUCACACAGGAGAAAAACCCUACAAAUGUAAUGAGUGUGGGAAAGCCUUUAGUCAGAGUAUGAACCUUACUGUUCAUCAAAGAACUCAUACUGGAGAGAAACCUUAUCAGUGCAAAGAGUGUGGGAAAGCUUUCCGUAAGAACUCGUCCCUUAUUCAACAUGAAAGGAUUCAUACUGGAGAAAAGCCCUACAAAUGUAAUGAUUGUGGGAAAGCUUUUACACAAAGCAUGAAUCUUACAGUGCAUCAGAGAACUCAUACAGGAGAAAAACCCUAUGAAUGUAAUGAAUGUGGAAAAGCCUUCAGUCAAAGCAUGCAUCUUAUUGUUCAUCAGAGAAGUCAUACUGGAGAAAAACCCUAUGAAUGCAGUGAAUGUGGAAAAGCCUUCAGUAAAAGCUCAACUCUCACUCUACAUCAGCGAAAUCACACUGGAGAAAAACCCUACAAAUGUAACAAAUGUGGUAAAUCCUUUAGUCAAAGCACAUAUCUCAUAGAACAUCAGAGACUUCACUCUGGAGUGAAACCUUUUGAAUGUAACCAGUGCGGGAAAGCUUUCAGUAAGAAUUCUUCUCUUACUCAGCAUCGGAGAAUUCACACUGGAGAGAAACCUUAUGAGUGUAUGGUGUGUGGAAAGCAUUUCACUGGGAGAUCAUCCCUAACUGUACAUCAGGUUAUACACACUGGAGAAAAACCUUAUGAAUGCACUGAAUGUGGAAAGGCCUUUAGCCAAAGCGCCUAUCUUAUUGAACAUCAAAGAAUUCAUACUGGUGAAAAGCCCUAUGAAUGUGAUCAGUGUGGGAAAGCUUUCAUUAAGAAUUCAUCCCUUAUAGUGCACCAGAGGAUACAUACAGGAGAGAAACCCUAUCAGUGUAACGAAUGUGGAAAAGCUUUCAGUAGAAGUACAAACCUUACAAGACACCAGAGGACUCAUACAUGAGGAAAGUUUUCACUGACCCCUUGAUUAUUCCUUUGAUAAUAAUCAGAUGUCAUAUCAAUGUAGAUACUUAAUAACUAUAACUAAUGUAGUAACCUUUUAGUUGAAGUAGAGUAUAGCAUACCAAUAAUAAAACCAUAGCAGAAUAAACAUAUGAGUAAACCCUUGAUUAAGAUAGUAAAAUUUUAUAUCAAGUUUGAGCAGCUGAUACAUAAAUGAUGAAGACAUAGCCUGAACGUAAGCUCUGUUGUGUCAUACUGGGAAUUCUGAUUUGGGCAUCAGAGUUCAUACUGGAUGGAAAAUGUGAUAGUGAUUAACUGGAUAGCCCCAAAAUUGGGUUCAACCCAGUUCUAACCUCCCAUUAACUUGAACAAAUUCCCCAUUUUCAUCAGGUCACAGUAUCCUUAUGUGAUAAAUGAGAGAUUUGGGAUGCAGGUCCAUGAGAUCUGUAUUAGCCAAAAUCCCAAAAAACACAGGGAAAUUUUUUGGUCAUUUGCUGUUAUAUGUGCUAUGGAGGUGCUUCUAUUUCAUAGUAUGGUUUUCUUAGGUGUUUUAGGUUAAAAUUCUCUUACCUCUUAUUGUCCUUUAUGACCUUGGAUUACAUUCUCUCCUUAAUUAAUGUAGAUUACUUGCUACUGGGUUGCAGAUGAAUUGUUUAUAUUUUAACUCCAUAGCAUGGUGCUUCAAAUUCUCAUCUAAUAAUCAUUAAACUAUUCUUAAAUAACUUGAUUAUAUUUAGAUGAUAAGUGACUUAAAUCUUUCAAUACUUAGGAAUCAAAUACAUAUCUUUGCAUCUUAUUUGACUGUCAUGGAAAUUUAAAGACAGGUGAGUAGAACACUAAUUGUCCUGGAUAGUUUUAUGUCAACUUGACACAAACUAAAGUUAUCUAAGAAGAGAGAACCUCAAUUAAGAAAAUGCCUCAAUAAGAUCAGGCUAUAGGCAAGCCUGUAGAGAGCAUUUUCUUAACUAGUGAUUGAUGAGGUGUACCCAGCCCUUGUGAAUGGUGCCAUCCCUGGGUUGGUAAAUCAGGCUGAACAAGCCAGCAAGCAGCACUCCUCGCGGCCUGUGCAUCAGCUCCUACCUCCAGGUUCCUGCCUUUUUUGGUUCCUGUCCUGACUUUCUUCAGUAAUGGAACAGUGAUAUGGAAGUGGAAGCCAAAUAAACCCUUUCCUCCUCAA